ACGCGAGCGUCGACCAAUGUGGCCCCGACAUGUAGACCGGCGAAAGCCGUCGUUCCCUUCGAGAGUAGAGAACACUUGUCCGCAGCUCUACGUCUCGGAAAGCGAGGGCUCCAUGCCUCCGUCCGCCUCUCUCUCUCUCUCUCGUGGGACUCCAUUGGGCUGAUCUUUUCGUAAAGCGCUCGAGCGAUCAGAUUUGCCGACGAGGGGUCGGAUGUUCGAUCGGUUGGUCGUCGAUCCGCCUGCAGAUUGGAAGCAUGAGUUGACGCCACCACACUCGCGGGCGAAGGGGCGAUUUCGGCGAGCCGGGGGCCAUGCCUGCGUGCAUCAGUUUCUCGAGGUCGAUGUCGACGACGCCCCGGGGAGGAAGGGAGCUCGGAGAAGUCUAGCUGUCUGCUUUUGGUGUACGACGACGACGACGUCACUUGCCCGUGCAUUGCGACGCAUAGUGCAUGCGCUUUUCCGCAUCCAGUUGGGCGAUGUUGAGGACUGUACGAUUUUCACUGUAUCCUCGUGAGAAGACGACGAAGGCCGGCGAGUGAAAUUAUUAUUCGCUGAUUUUGCCCCGGGGGGUGAUCGGGGGCGCUCUCCUGAGGCCUGACCUUGCUUCCUGCGGUGUGCACCCGAGGGAGCCCCAUCGCCGUCGAUGGGCACGCAUUCUGAAAUGCAAGGGCGUGCCUUCGCUUUUGACGUUGCCCCAUCUGCUUGAGAGUUUUGUGAGCCACAGAUCGUACAAGAACGGAAUCUGUGGGGUGAAGCCUCACAUAUCACCUCCCUGCCUGCCUGCCGACAUACAACACCUCCAUCCCUGCCCACAACCUCUCUCGCUCGCGCUAGCUCGCUCCCGCUCCCCCCCUCCUCCUCCGAGAACAUUGGACGGUAGAGAAAAUGAGAUCCCAGUCCUCGUCGAUCUAGCAACAAUCGCCGUCGGUUGUGUGUGCGUAUGAUGGUUUCCUUCCAGAAAAUUCUGAGGUUUCUCGCCAAAUUCACGAGCCUAAUCAUCGGAUUGUUUAUCUUUUGCACAGAGCUCUCUUUCGUCCAAGAUUGGCGCGUUAUCCCAAUUUGAUUUCGUUACUUCUAGAUAAGGGCUGCUGUAGAGGAGCAAACGCCCCGAACUUUCCAGAGAGUUCAUCAUUUUUUUUCUGGAGGGAGCGGAGCAGCAUCGGGGUCCUUCUAGUGCUGCCCUUGCUUUCGAGAAACUUUGACAGCCCAGAAUCGAUUGGAUGACUGGUGGGUGGGCGGGUGGGUCUCUCCGCAUCAUGCUUUAAGGUCACGCUUGCACUUGCGAGCUACGAGCGCAGAUCCAUCGGUCGAUGACAUUCGAGACACGUCAAGCGGAGAGUCGGAGGUCAAUUGGUUUCGGUUUAUUUGCUGGGCGAGCGUUCUCUUGCACGACGCUUGAUGGAGCAGCUUUACGGUCUACGAACUGAUCAGGAGUGACGGGUGAUUAUCGUCACGAAAUCGAUUUACAAUUGUGGUACAUGUAUGGAGGACAUUCGCGCUAACCAGGUGAAAACUCUGGAUUUCAUUCGGAAGCUGCUGUGCCUCGUGACCGUCCCGAUCACUCCAAUGAACGACUUCACGAGGCUCGAAGUAUCUAGGAGCUUCUUAGAUCCUCUUCUCCCCGCCCCGUUCGACAAAUCUCUCGAAGACUCUCCGUUCUUCAUCGGCUGCAACUCCUGAAACCGAUCGGAGAAGCAUAAAUCAGUCUGAAGCGUCCUCCUGGUCACUCGAAAGUCCUACACAGGCCAUCAAUCACUCCGCUUGCUGGCAGGUAUUCCACUUGUUACUCUCUUGCGGCACCCGAUCUCACUCACGAUCAUGGCGACUUGCAACGCGGUCCGCCCGGUGGCGAGUUCUAUCGUGGGCAAUUUGCUUCAGCAGCGCAGCAGCAGUCGGUCAGCGAGGAAUGUAUCGCAGCUGAACGCAUCGGCUGUCACUCGUUUGCACGGGAUUUCACUGAGUACAACCAGACGUGCAGAGGAGAGACUAAACAGAAGGAUCACCGGAACAAAUCGGGUACUCACAAAGGCAUCCACCGCCACAGAUGGCUCGGAUGGCUCUCCAACAUCAGAUGUAGUUAAGCAGAACGAAAGUAGCAUUCCCCUGACGGACAAUGAAUCGACCAACGUCCAGACAACCAGAGGAUCAUCCCCAAGACCACUACUGAGGUCACUAGCCGGAGAUUUGGAUGAUUUUUUCCCCACUGUGAGGAGCUUGAGGCAGAUGCUGGACUCUAUGGAUCGAAUGUUCGAUGACGCAUUCUUCUCAACUCCCCGUCAGAUGCUUCCGCUGGGGUCCAAGCAGCUGCGAAACAGCAUCCGCACUCCGUGGGAUGUGAUGGAAGAUGAAAAGGGCUAUUUCCUCCGAGUCGACAUUCCAGGAUUCAGCAAGGAGCAAGUGAAAGUGUAUGUAGAAGAAGGUCACCUUGUCAUUAAAGCGGACCAGGGUUCUGAGGAAACGAAUUCCAAGUUUGCAUCCCGAAACUAUGGCAGUUUCAGCUCUCGUUUGUUGCUCCCGGAGAAUGUAGAGUUUGAGAAAAUUUCGGCAGAACUGAAGAACGGAGUGCUGAUCGUCACAGUACCCAAGCUGGCAAAACUUCCCAAGAAGGAUCUCAUCGACAUCCGGGUGCUCUGAAAGCGUACGGAUGCACGGUGAGCUGUUGUAUCGUACAUCCGGAUGACGAGUCGUAGAUGUUUAUGAUGUGCAAAACUGUAUCUUCAAGUAGAGUAGACAAGAACCAGAUGCACAUUGGUUGAAAAUAGAUGAAUCGUGAUGUAGCCUUCGUCACCAUAAUGAACAGUUCGAUACGAAUUCGUCGGUGAAUACUUCGCUGUCCCCGCAUCUCUGUGCACAAUGGCCGAUCUACUUCCUCGCAAGAAACUGCCCAAAUUUCACGCGUGCUCGAAUAUUGAAUCGGAAUUGUGAAAGCGGAAAUAAAUCAUCUUGAGUCUUUUGGGAUGAAUGUCGGUUGAGCGUAUGUUUGUGUAAGUAGAGUUUGAUUCGUGAUCAUUGUUCAAAUUCUAGUAAGCUCAAAUUUUAGUGUUCAUGAUAAAGUAAAGUGUCAGUAUGAAAACUUCUCACUAUAGAAUUUUUUUAUUUUGAUAUAUAU